GAAAAAAAAUAAAUAACUAAUAUUUUAAAAGAAAUUAAUUUUAAAACAAUUAUUUUCUGUAACGUAACUAUGUCGUAAGGUUUUCAUCAAGUUGAUAGAUACCUAUAUUUACGAUAAAUUUUAGGCACAAUUAAUAUAAUCAAUUGUUACAUCAUCAUUUUUGUUUUGAAAGAAUUCUCACGAUAAUGAAGAGACAAAAAUCAACUUAUACUUUGCGGUCACCUGAUGAUUCGGCAUCGAGACAAAAUUUCGAUUCUCAGUACGCAAUGGCGACAAUGACAGAAGGUCCAUCGAACUGGGGAAGUGACUGGACCUACGCAGACUCUGAUAAAAUCAGCUAUUUUUCUUCUGAAAACCAAAGCUUUGAGCCUCCUAUGUACUAUACAUAUCCGGACCCUUGGCAGCAGUUCAAUUACUGUGAAGAUCCCGCUAAAGCACCGGAGUUCAUAGCGACGGCUUCAGACCUAUACGAGGAAUGCUCAGAAAUUACCAUACCUUUAGAUUUCAGCGACAUUGAAUCGGUUGAUGACGCUGAUCCAUACUCACGGAACAAUUGCUGGAAGAAUAUGAUGGAAAACUAUGCAGAUAAUAACCCGAAUUUACCGAUACCGCAAUCAGAUCAUGAGUAUUCAUUUUUGCCAAAUUAUCCCUGCGACCUAAAUCUGAUGCAAUCGUACGAUACGCAGUCUCGACUCUUUCUGACUAGUUUCAGAUCUGUUUCCAUCAUGUUGCGACACCUAGUGAGCGUUGAUGUAAGUCCAGAAGGGGCAAUAUAUGUUCACAACAUCCCUGGCCAAAGCAUCACGGUAGUUAAUGAUUCCGGAGACAGGGCUUGCAUUGUGCAUCCGAACAGUCGUGUGCUCCAGGAAGGUCAAACUGUGAACAUCAUGACGCAUCAAGCUCGCGUGGUCAAGAUAUGUCGUAGAGGAGUCAUAUUCAGAGCCAGUCCGAGCAGUAUUGUCUACCUUGUGGACGAAUCUGGUACUAAAUCCACAUCCGGGAAAUUUCUGGACCUUUGCGAAGAUUUCACUUCUGAUGUGUUCUAUGGAUCGUUUUCUAAAGACUUCCACCUGCGAUGCACUGAUAGCGUGAGUAUGCUUUCGAAUGCCACGUAUCAGCUACGUAAAAACGGGAACGAUGUCUGGUGCGUCGGUGAUACGCAAAUAAAGCAGGAUCAGUACGGAAAUAUCGAAGUCUCGCGAAAUAAGGACAACGUUCUCGUCACUUUGUUUCCAACUGCGGGUGAAGUGUCAGUCCGAACACCUUUCUUCAAAGCAACGGUUGGCUGUUUCUCCAAACGAUAUCUUUAUGUGCAAAAGGGCGAUUGCCACGUUAGUUCUGGAUUUUGUGGCAUAACCGCACAGAAAGGCACGCAGAAAGCUGGAUUGGAUCGCAAAGGAAAAGUCGUGAUUUUUUAGUUAUUGAAACUCUACAGGCCUUAAAAUUCUUUGUGUCAAUCAGAUUGAUGUACCAAUUUCAAUUAUUAGAUUUAUUAUGGAUCACGGUUAUUCAAAUUCUAUGGGCGUUAAUUGAAUACGAUUAAAUUGAAAAUUGUAUAUCAAAUUAUUAAAAUAAAGAAUUUA